UUUGUCCGGGGUUCAAUUAUAUUAUUAUAUUAUUAAAUCUUCUCUAAAAAACGACGAUUGUCAUCCCACUAGUUGUCAUCGUUACUCGGGCCCUAGACAAAAUGGGUUCCAUUGUCCUGCCCAGACGCCAGCUUCAAAGGCCUCUCUCCAGUUUAUGUAGAAGCUGUAGUCGCCAACUUCUCCCCCAAUUAUCUCGGUCGUAUGCCAGUGCCGGUGCCGGUUCGCAACAACCAGAUAUCUACGAUGUCGUAUGCGUAGGCGGUGGCCCCGCUGGUCUAAGUCUGCUCACGGCGUUGAGAUCGAACCCGACGACCGCUGGCCUGCGAAUAGCCCUCGUCGAAGCGCAAGACCUAGAAAAAACCCGCUCGUGGAAGCUACCCCCCGACCGUUUCUCGAAUCGUUGCAGCUCGCUGACCCCUGCGUCGGCGCAGUUCCUUGAGAAUGCAGGCGCCUGGGCACACGUACGCCGCGAUCGUGUUCAGCCGUACCACGAGAUGCAGGUCUGGGACGGGGUGACGGACGCGCGCAUCGAGUUCGAGUGGACACCGCCCGCCACUGGGAAGACUAUCGCAUACAUGACCGAGAACCUGAACCUGACAUCUGGCCUACUACGUCGGAUAGAUGAGCUAGGCGGCGUGUCGGUGUUCAGCGGAGCCAAGGUCGCGGGUAUCACGUUCGGCGAAGAGACGGAGGACUUGGACCUUCGCGAGUGGCCUAUUGUGCAUCUAGCGAGUGGAGAGAGACUGGCCGCGCGGCUGCUGGUUGGUGCUGAUGGAGCGAAUAGCCCCGUGCGCACGUUCGCAGGGAUCGAGAGUAAAGGGUGGGAUUAUGAGAGGCACGGAGUUGUGGCGACGUUAGAGCUUGAAGGAGAGGGAUGGGGUGGAGAUGCCAUGAAAACUGCAUACCAGAGAUUUCUACCUACAGGUCCCGUCGCUAUGUUACCGCUACCCGGAAAUCUAUCAACGCUUGUGUGGUCGACAACGCCGUCAAAUGCUGCGCUCUUAAAGAGCCUGUCCCCGAAGGACUUUGUUGCUUUGGUUAACGCGGCUUUCCGGCUGCGUCCCGUGGAUCUCGAAUACAUGCACACACUAAGCACAGGCCAAGAGGAAGAACUAUCUUGGAGACUGCAACACACUCAGUUUAACCGCCGAGCGAUACCACAGAUAGUUGUAGGUGUACAGGAGGGCACUAUCGCGUCGUUCCCACUGAAGAUGCGACACGCGGAUACGUACAUCGGGGAGCGUGUCGCGCUGGUAGGAGACGCAGCCCACUCGAUACACCCGCUUGCUGGGCAGGGCCUCAACCAAGGCCAAGGAGACGUAGAAAGCUUAGCACGAACGAUCGAGUUCUCAGUGUCACAUGGCCAGGAUCUGGGAACACGGAUGUCUCUCGAGUCUUACAACUCGGAGCGUUACGGGCCUAACCAUGUUCUCUUGGGAGUCUGCGACAAACUGCAUAAGAUCUAUUCGGCUGGUAGCGGACCCCUAGUACCUUUGAGGUCGUUGGGGCUUAACGCGAUUAAUGCCAUGGGACCUGUCAAGAGCUUCUUUAUGGAGCAAGCUGCAGGCAAUGGCAUCAAGCUGUUUUAGGCCUGUAAAAUAAUCAUCAUGGAUCAUUGUACAAUAGUAAAUAACUACCUAAGCAGAUAGACUAGAGUAGAGCAACUCCGUGAUCCUGUAUAACAGGUACCUAAUGUACAAUAAACAUAUGCUCAUGUCGAAAGGAGCCGAGGAAAAACAAUAGAACGCCAUCGAUAUCGUCCCGUAGAGAUAAAUAUGCUAACCGCCCAGAUCAAAAACAACGAUGUCUUAAUGACAAUGCCACGAUCGCGGGAUACCUAGAUGUGUUCGAAAACAUCGUCUUCUUCAUAGCGACGCGUCAAAACGCCAACUACAAUGAAAACAAAAUAGGAAAAGCAAAAAUUCCGCCCACUACGAUCCACGAGGGAUAAUAGAAGAGGGUCAGCUCCGCGCUGUGCAAUGCAGGCUUCUCCUCUUAAGAACCC